CAUUCUUUCAUAUCUAUAUUCAUCAUCAUCAUCAUCAUCACUCUCCCAUUUUGUGUUUUUGAUUAGAUUAUUUUCAUUUAGCACAGAAAAAGAUUAGUUUUUUGUUUUUAAGUGUUUUUGAAAAUGUUGGCAAUAUUUGAUAAGGAAUUGGUUCAUCCACCACAAGAGCUAAAUAGCCCUAAUGUGGAUUCAAGAAAGGCAAAGUUUCCUCAAGAAAUUCUUAACCAUUUCUCAUCUUCUUCUGAUAAUGACAAAGCUUUCUCUGUUGGGUUUGGAAACUCUGCUCUUAUGGCUUUUGUUCCACAAGAAAUGUCUUUCUCUCUUCAUCAAAGGUUGUUCUGUGGUUUGGAUGACAUAUAUUGCACUUUCAUGGGAAGCUUACACAACUUAUGCAGUCUCAUUAAGCAAUAUGGUCUCUCAAAGGGUAGUAAUGAGGCAAUGCUAGUGAUUGAGGCUUAUAGAACCCUAAGAGACAGGUCACCAUAUCCAGCUCAUCAAGUUCUUAAUGACCUUGAAGGAAGCUUUGCUUUUGUUGUAUAUGAUAGCAAGGUUGGAUCUGUGUUUGCAGCAUUGGGUACUAAUGAAGGAGUGAAUCUAUAUUGGGGUAUUGCAGCAGAUGGAUCAGUUGUGAUUUCUGAAAAUUUGGAGCUUAUUAAAGCUAGUUGUGCUAAAUCAUAUGCUCCAUUCCCUAGAGGGUGUAUGUUUCACAGUAAACAUGGUUUGACAAGCUUUGAGCACCCAACAAAGAAGAUGAAAGCAUUGCCUAGAAUUGAUAGUGAAGGAGUCAUGUGUGGGGCCAAUUUCAAGGUUGAUUCUCAAUCAAGGGUUCAGGCUAUGCCACGUGUCGGCAGUGAAGCCAAUUGGGCUACUUGGGGUUCACAAGCUUAGAUACUCUUACUACUACUAAUCAAGAAGGAAAAAAUAUAAAUAACCUCAUUGAUUUGUUUUUUCACUUUCUUUAUCUGUUUUUGUUAAUGCAUAGAAGGUUUUGAGCUAUUUUUUUUAUUAUAAACACAAAAAAAGCUUCAAUCCCUUCUAUGUAUUUUUUUUUUCUUUUAAUUUUAUUUCUUCUUCUUUUGUUUCUUUUAACUUGUUGUAUAAAUUCCAUUAUCCAUCAUGAAUGAAAGAAUGGCUUUGUCUUA